CCUGUGGUGACCAUGUGCUCCUCACGGCAGAUACGAACUUCUCUCUACGCCAUACUGCACGGCCGCCCUUUGUCUUGUACAUGUAUGUUUUGCCGUUGAGUUCUCCCUGACAAAGAGUUGCAAAUUUGCCGGCCACAAGCAUGGAAAGCAGUAGCGCACCGCCACCGAAGAGACGAGAGAAGCCCGGCGGGGAGUACGUGAAGAGACCGCUGAACGCCUUCAUGGUGUGGUCCCGUGUCCGCCGGGCCAAGCUACGGGAGGAGAUGCCGGAUCUACGGAACACAGAGAUCAGCCGUCGGCUGGGUGCGGAGUGGCGAGAGAUGUCCGCGGAGCAGAAACUGCCCCACAUUCAGCGGUCCCGCCAGCUCAGGAUAGAACACUUCGACAUGUACCCGAACUACAGGUAUCGGCCGAAGCGUAAGUUAAAGUCUGGACCGGUGACCGGGCCCCGUCCCGUGGCAGACAUCCUGCAGGCGUCCAGGUCGAGGGAACCGCAGCGCAGCUCCGUCGGGCUAGGGUACAGGCCGGUCCCGCCGGUCCAUCCGUCCCCGCCCGGUCCACCUAACGCCUGUGUGUCCAGGGUCUCCGGAGUCCCUGUCCCGUCUGCCCUGUUCUGUAACUUUCCUUAUGGUUAUACUCGGCCCAGCCAACAGGUCUUUACGUCUACCGCCUGUAGCACUACUCAAGUGUGCCCCACCCAUAACAAACCUACCAUGUACCCCUAUGCCUACUCCCCCCAUCCCCUCCCCUACCAUUACCCCUACUCCUACCACCGACCCCUUACCCUAACCCUCCCCUCUGGCUCGGGAACGCUACACUACAUCCCGACGUCACUUCCUGAGGUUGAGCCCGAGACUGUGAUGUCACUUCCCGGAUGUAGCCGACAACGUUUGGCGCCACGUCCUGCCGUGACAGCCGUGACGCCGAUGUUUCUGACGUCGGUUUCGCUUUCCCGCCGGAAUGUUCCGUUGCAGCUCCACCGCACCACUGCCUGCCUCCACUGACGUCACUGAUCCAUCGAUCAACUGCAGGCAACAAGACGCCUGGCGGUAGCUCGCCGCACGCCAGCGCUCCUAGCGGCCCGGUGCUGAAGUGCCAUCCAUUGCAGCCCGUGGUGUCUUCUGAACGCAGCCCCUCGGCUCAGCUCGUCUGCACGGAAACUGACGAAGACAGCGACACGGAGAGCUGUUCCUCACCGGAAGAACAAGGCGGGAGUUGCCAUGACAACCGACUGCAGAACCUGCGGAGCUGCACCGGGCUGUUCUGGGCGACACCAUUGGCGGCCGGCGGGGGGCAUGCCAAGGAGAAAGUCAUCGUAGAAUCGGUCCCAGCCAUCGAGCCUGUCUCUAUCGCAGAACCACGUGGGAGUCCCCACAUCGGCAGUCACUUCAGAUUUGAGUGGAACUGAUGCUUAAGAAUAUCAAAAGCUGUUCUGAUGUUUAUUUAUUUUGAUUUGGUUCUCGGUUUGAUAAGUUGUAUUGGAAUUCGAAAUGAAAGUGCCAGUUGUGCCUAAACCAUACACAAAGAAUAUCUAUUGAACAUCAUCGUUUCUUACAGAAAGAAAUAUGAGAAACUCUUUAGAUUUAGCAUUUGCGUUAAUCGUUUGA